UAUCUCUAUGGGUCCCCUCGGUGUUACCACACGUUUCUCUUCCUCGUUGUCUCGUGGUGGCACGUGACUAUUUAGAUCCUGUUGAACUUUUCGAUUUCCCUCUCGUUGUGUUACAUGUAAUAUAUUCUUCCGAUUUUCCUUGAAGAUUCAGGGAAUGGAGUCUUUCCGGACAAGAACUUUAUCGUCGGGAGAGGAUGUCUCUGAAAUCAUAAGUAGAACGCCUGAACAUACAAAUCUUAAUUCUCACAGUAAUCACAAAGGUAUCAACAAUAUUUCUUCGUUAUGGAGUGGUUUCACUGUUCACAAAAAAGCUGACGACAGCGACGAACAUUCAGUGGAGAAAAAGACUCUAAGAGACCACAGCUAUAUUUACACGUUUUUGUCAACAGUUCUUUUUACUGUCGCCCUAAUCGUGGAGAAGAUCUUUCAUUUUAAGCUCUUUGAAAGUAGCCAUGCUUCAAUAUUCUUCUUCUGGCUUGAAAGUUGUGCGAUCGCUCUCUUCUUUAGAUUCUGGGGAAGAAAGCGAAUACGAAGUUUCAGGAGCCAAGCAAGACAUUUUUUCCCCAUGCUCUUUUUACAUGUAGUUUCGGUGACUGUCUUUUCUGUGGAUUUUAAUACAUCAAACUUCAGAGUAUCAGGAGGUUCUGCAGCAUAUAUGGCUUCACAUCCAGAGCUACUUUAUUUGUUAAAUUUCAGCUGUGUUGUAUGUCUACCAUUUAUUGCCUUGUUGUUUGGUGAGGUUCCUGCUCUGGAACUGGAGGUGUCACGGAGAGGAAUGGUGAAUGUCAUCUUCAGUGUGUUCUUUCUGGCUGUCCUUCGUUUAACCAGUCAAGCUGCUCUCCUUUAUCAGCUUAAGUUCUCUACUCCUCUUCUCAGCACCAACACUCAAGGUUUUGCAUGGAUUUGGAUCACAAUAGCAAUCACGUUUUUAACCAAGUCUGAAAAAGGCGAUCUCAUGAUGCCGGUGUUCGCGGCGUUUUGGUUGUAUGGACUAUUUAUAUUUCUACCUUCCUUGUUUUCUGACCUUCGGUGGAUAUAAACCAAGGGGUAGAAUGACGAUAGAACAGAAAAAAGACCUGAAAUCCUUGGGAACUAACGAAGGAGACGAGUUGUCGAU